CCUCGACCCUGUCUAGGCGGCUCAGCCUCGCCAUUACCAUGAUGAAUGUCGCUCCCAGGCGCCCAUGAUUACUACUUACCACCAGUAGGAAGAGACUCCAAGGUGUCUCGGGAUGCUACCUCUAGGAGAAUUUGCAUUCCUUGCCACCUUGAUAUCUGCGACCGGUCCAUAACGACACGACUCUGUAUCACGAUGCGAUACAAGACCUCUGAUAUGUCUUGCCGCCGGUACACCGUCUCACGAUCGAAUUACAAUCUGACUCGACAAAAUGAAAAGACCACACAAGAGGCAGAAGUUUGAUGCGUGGCAUGACGAGGAGGAACAGCAGGCAGAUGGGGAUACCGAUUAUCGUCAGCAUCGCCAAAUCGAGAAUCGUUUUGAUGGUCAAGGUAUUCAAAACAGCAAUGGGAAUAUCCAGGUUUGCCGAGAUGUGAACAUAACAAAUAUCAACCGCACCGACAGAACGAUUGGCGACCACGAAAUCCUGGCGUCCCGGCGAGAUAACCGAAAGGCUCUUAUGGACAGGCUGAGCUUUGAUCAGAUGGAUUCUCGACGUUCCACUAUUAAAAUGGCAUAUCCCACGACGUGCGAGUGGCUGCUAAGACACCCCGAAUACGUGGGUUGGCUCGAUGCCGAGAAAUUAGUACAGCACCAUGGAUUUUUAUGGAUCAACGGGAAACCAGGGGCUGGGAAGUCCACGCUGAUGAAGUUCGUUUACAACUAUACUAAGAAACGAACGACCGAGGAUGAGUUCUGCUCCUCAUUCUUCUUUAAUGCGAGAGGAGAUGAUCUGAAAAAGUCCACCCUGGGAAUGUACCGGUCCUUGCUUUUACAGCUACUAAAGAAAAUACCGGCGCUUCAGGAAGUGUUAGAUGAUCCGGAUAUGUUUUCCGAGCGUCAGAUCGAUUGUCCUCAAUGGACAAUUGAAAUGCUCCAGGAGCUUUUCUCUGCGGCUAUAGCAAAACUCGGCCAGCGACGGUUCACCUGUUUUAUUGAUGCUCUCGAUGAGUGUGACGAGCAGCAAGUUCAAGACAUGGUGGUGUACUUUGAGUAUCUUGGAAACGUUGCUGUCGAACAGCACAGAAGACUAUACAUAUGCUUCUCUAGUCGUCCCUAUCCGAAUAUAAAAAUCCAGAACGGCCGACAAUUUACAUUAGAGGACCAGACUGGUCACGGAGAAGACUUGGCAAAAUACGUACGAAGUCACUUACAAGCUGGCCAGGGAAAUUUCAUCGAUCAAGUCAGAGCUGAGAUACUCCAGAAGGCAAAUGGUGUUUUCAUAUGGGUUGUGUUAGUGGUCGAAAUCCUUAAUAGAGAAUUCCGUGCUGGCCGUAUCUUCGCGGUCAGGAAAAGACUGCACGAGAUACCGGCAAAAAUGAGCGACCUCUUUAAGGACAUUUUGAGGAGAGACAAUACGAAUAUGAUGGAUCUUUUGCUGUGUAUCCAAUGGAUACUCUUCGCAAAACGGCCAUUACGGCGCGAAGAGUUUUAUUUCGCUCUCGUCUCUGGCCUGGACCCCGAUCCCGAAAAUCUGAGAUGGAAUCCCGGCAAGAUUACCACAGACGACAUGGAUAAAUUUGUCCUCAAUUCUUCCAAAGGACUCGCCGAGCUCACCAAAUCCAAUUCUCAAACAGUUCAGUUUAUUCAUGAAUCCGUUCGAGACUUUCUUAUUAAGGAUAAUGGUCUGUGCGACCUAUGGCCAGAACUUGGAAAGGACUUGCACAGCUUGAGUCACAACCGACUGAAACAAUGUUGCCAUACCUACAUGACGAUCGACCUCUCUGGUUAUAUGCCUCAUGACGUGACGCUGCCAAGAGCGUCUUCUGAUGAUGCAAAAAGUCUACGACAAGUCGUAUCAAAACAAUUCCCUUUUCUAGACUAUGCAACAAGUCAUGCCCUCUACCAUGCUAAUGAAGCUGCGAUCGGACUACCACAAAACGACUUCCUCGAAGAAUUUGCUCUUAAAAAGUGGAUCAAGCAACAUAAUCUUUAUGAGAAGUUCGAAAUCAGUCGUCACACGUCAAGUGCAAGUCUUUUGUACAUACUUGCGGAGAACAACUUUGCAAGGUUGAUAAAAGCAGUACGUCAACGGGACCCAAGAAUCAAUAUAUAUGGAGAGCGAUAUCACUAUCCGCUUUUUGCUGCCUUGAUCAAUAGCCAUCAAGAUGCGGUAGAAGCUCUCUCGCAAUCGGGAACUACAGGUUCGAAAAAUGAUGACAUAUUUGCCCGGCUAGAGUAUGGGCAAGAUUUUGAGGCUCUCAGGGUUCGUACGCCGCUGUUGUGGGCAACAAAGAAUGGGCACGAGGCUAUUGUCCAGCUGUUGGUCGAGAACGGGGCUCAGAUCGAGGCGCCAGAUCAUCAUGGCCGGACGCCGCUGUCGUGGGCAGCAGAGAAAGAGCACAAGGCUAUCGUCCAGCUGUUGCUCGAGAAGGGGGCUCAGACUGAGGCGCCGGACGAGUACUAUGGCCAGACGCCGCUGUCGUGGGCAGCAGAGAAUGGGCACGAGGCUAUCGUCCAGCUGUUGGUC